CUCCUGUUCCAAUCCACCCCCUCUCAUCCUCCAUCCCUCCCUCCAUGUCCCUUUCAGGCACACACAUGGCCAAAGGGGUUUCUCUUCUCUGAUCGAGCCACCUGUCUCCCUUACUUCCCCCUCCACCCAUCCCGUACCCCUCCUCUCUCCCAGCCCAGCUGUCCCAUACACAUACAGAUCCAGACUGCUCUGGUCUCCUCAUCUCUUUGCUUCUUUUGGCAAGCGCUGACUGCAAAAGAGCCCUCCUGUGCCUUAUUUAUUUUUGCUCCCCACAUGCUACCAGCUUUCUGCUUUUUCAGACUGGUUUGUGAAAUCCCUAUCUGGUAACUAGCCUUCCUGUAUAUCUGUAAAAGUGGACACCACGCCGAGGCUUGUUGCUCACAGAGUGGGCUCUGAUAGGAACAUGUUUGGCGUAUACUGCAUGGAAUAUCCGUAUCCAGUUAUACAGGGUAACCAGGAGCCGACAGCCACUCCUGAUACCAUGGUUCAACCUUUUGCUGCUAUUCCUUUCCCCCCACCCCCCCAGAAUGGUCUAUCUACAGAAUAUGGAAGUCAGCACACGCAGGACUAUUCCACUCCUCCCACUGACCAUGGGCUGCCACUAUACGGAGGAGGACAGGGCCACACAGAACAUAAUGCCCCUGCUGCCAGCACAGCUAAUGCCUCCAGCACGCAGACAGAUGGAGCACAGACAGAAGGACAACAGACACAAACACAGAGCAACGACAGCACUGAAUCCAAACCAACUCCCAAAAGACUUCAUGUCUCCAAUAUACCCUUUCGUUUUCGAGAUCCUGAUCUGCGCCAAAUGUUUGGGCAAUUUGGCAAAAUUCUCGAUGUAGAAAUCAUUUUUAAUGAGAGAGGCUCUAAGGGUUUUGGUUUUGUAACUUUUGAAACUAGCGCGGAUGCUGACCGGGCCCGGGAGAAAUUGCACAGCACGGUGAUUGAGGGGCGAAAAAUCGAGGUCAACAAUGCAACAGCUCGAGUGAUGACCAAUAAGAAAACUGUAACCCCUUAUGGAAAUGGUUGGAAACUCAGUCCUGUUGUUGGGGCUGUAUAUGGACCUGAACUAUAUGCAGCUGCACCUGGGCUCCAAGCUGAUGUCUCUUUGGCCACAGAGGCUGGUGUCUCGCUGCCCGGUCCGCGCGGGGUUAACACUUACAUUCCGUUGAUCAUUCCUGGCUUUCCCUACCCCACUGCUGCUGCAGCCGCCACCACAGCAGCUGCUUUUAGAGGGGCGCACUUGAGGGGUCGCGGGAGAACCGUAUAUGGGGCUGUACGGGCAGUACCUCCGACGGCCAUCCAGACAUACCCUGGACUAGUCUUACAGGAACCAAUCUUAAACCCUAAGCUACCUCAGGGUGGAUAUGCAGCCUACAGGUACACUCAACCAGCCACUGCAGCCACAGCUGCCACUGCCGCUGCCGCAGCUGCUGCAGCCUACAGCGAUGGAUACGGGAGGGUAUAUACAGCUGACCCAUAUCAUGCCCUGGCCCCUGCUGCCAGUUACGGAGUGGGAGCUGUGGCGAGUUUAUACAGAGGCGGUUACAGCCGAUUUGCUCCGUACUGAAGUGACGUAAACCUAUUGUUCCUUAUUAAACUUGGACAAAACUGCCCUUCUCCCCAUUUGCCUGUAUCCCUUUCCCUACACUAUCAAAGUUUGCGAGGCCCAGCUUUUGCGAUACUUAAAAAGAAAAACUCCUACAGGAAUUUUCUGGCAGUGCAAGAUGGAUGGAUGAAUACAACUGAAAUAUGUACAAAACAAACAAAAAAGGACAUUUUUUUUUAUACCUCAGCUUUCUUUUCAACUCUGCAAUUUUUAUUUCUGCAUUUAGUUUUUGUUUUUUAAGGGGUGCACUCAUUUUGUUCCAAAGAUUGUGUUUUUUUUAAACUGUGGUAAAAGUGCGUGUAUAUAUAAUAUUUACAUAACUUUUUGUGCUGUGAGCUUUUUUUUCCUAUUAUUAUUUCUAAACUUGGGAAAAAGAAAAUAGGAUAGCCGAAAACGAUGAAAGAUGACAAGAAAGUGGAGUAAUGAUUAGUUUCUUUUUAAUUACAAUUUCCUUAAACUAAAAGCCUCUGGUAAUGAAGGAUGGUGUAUUUUUUAUUUUAUUUAUUUUUUUACUUUUGUGUUCUUAGACAUUUCAGAAAAUUUAGUAAAAUUAGAGGAAAUAUUAGCAUGAGGCCAAAAUGUUGCCAUAUGGAAUUGGCAUGUUUACUACCUACAUUAUUUUGGGAUUCCAUGCCAUUUUCCCAGCUUUUGCAUUUCUUCAAUAACAAGGAGAACUUCAUUCUGCUUAUGGGGAAGAUUGUGUGCUGGAGAAAGAGAAAGAUGAUGGUCAUGAAUGCAGUUUUUACAAAUUAGAAUAUGGGUUCUAUAUAUAUUAUAAGUAUCUAUUUUUUUGUCUCAAGCCAAAAUAAUAUAUGCAGGAUAAAAAAUUUAGCAUGUUAGCCAUUACUGGAACCAGGUUUAAAUGACUGUACCUGAGGAAUAUUUUAUUUCUGUGUCCUUUAUUAUACUGUUUUAGAUUUAAAAAAAAAAAGUUUUGCUUAUUUGGUACAGUGACUAGAGUUAUAGAAUGGCCUCAUCGCUGUAUGUACCCGUUUCCAUAUUGUCCUUUCGUGCUGGUCACAAUAUCCGUCCUCGAGAAAGGACCCAACCUCAGAAUGGCAGCUAGCACAGUAAUAAGCUGCACCAUAUGACAUUGUAUAUUUUAGCCAGACAUUCACCUGCACAUUCAAAAUCACCUUUUAGUGUUGAUAUUGGGCUAUUUACUGUGUAAGUUGCUUAACACCUUCAAAGCCAGAGGGUAACGGCAACAUUGUUUUGUAUUUUAAGGAGCUGUAAUAAUCUCCAUUAAUUUAUAAUGCUAUAGUUCUAAAUCCUUGAAAUUUAAGGGAUUAAUAUAGCAAUUACAUCCCUAUGAAAGGGAAUAUGAGGAAUUAUUCUGGUAGGGGGCAUCCUGUUGUUGCUCUGGACAAUAUUGCAGCUAUUCAUUGAUCAGUCAGGUAAAAAAAUUUAACUUUCCACAAAAGUGGAUUGUCAUUGUCUUCCUAUAAGUGAUAUUAUAAAUUGUGGUGUAAAUGUAUAAUUUACUACUUAAUUAUAUAGUAUCACACUGCAGUGGAACCAGUGUCUUACCAUUGUACACUGUAUUAUAGUCAUAGUCCCUAAGAAUGUGGGACAUGGGUGCAGUUAUGUCGUAUCUGAAUUUUUCAUUGCAUACUGUAUCACAAUCAUAAUUAGGGCUCCCAUGUGUCUGCAUUUUCUCAGGACAUUGCCAGUUGUUGCCACUGGAUAUCUUUUGAAUGCUUAUUUGCCCAACAAACAAAUUGUAAUAGUACUAGAUGAAUCAAAUUAAUGUGACUUGGUUAGUCUUGGGUUUUGUUUCAUUUGGUAUGUGAAAAGAAGCAAGAGGUGACAUUUUAUGCACUGAGCAAACUUUGUUUGACACAAGUGUCAAGGUUUCUUGAUUCAACCUUGUGCAUAUUGCGUUCAAUAUGACAAUGGAAAAUGUAUUAGAUUUCUUUUUUAUGUUUUUCAUUGCACAUUUUACUGUAAAUUGGCUAUGAUAGGGUAACAUUUGCAUGCAGUUAUUAACUGCAUUCAGACUUCAAAAGUUCAUUGUUUUCAAUGCACUGGGGAUACCAGCAGGUGGUGUCACAAGCAUAAGAUUGUACAGUAUGUGUGCUUUUCAAUCUAAACAUUUGUACAGCCUCCGUGGUGGACAUUUGCUAAAGUAUGAAAACUAAAUGAUACACAGGAAAAAAUUUACUAAACAUUCUAAAGGAAAAUGAGCUUUAGGUUUGUUAAUGACUUUAGUUCACUCAGAGCUGGUGAAGAGGCAUUCUGCUAUGUAAUUUUCAUUUUAUACAGUUCUAUUUAUUACGGCAAUUUACAUCAUGAAAAGCACAGGCACUGCAAAUGUGUGAAGUAUUCUUACUCUUCAACCCUGUGCUAGUCUGUUUUCACUGCUGCAGAUCUUUGUAUAAUCUUUAGUGUUUACUUAGAGCAAUGUGGUCCUGUUUUUAUUGAUAUUCUCAUCUUGAUUCCCGCUUGAGCACAAAUGUUUUGUCUCUAGACAAAUAAUUUUGACAAAAUUGCUUUUAUUAAAAUUGAGGCGUACAUAAAAUGUGUCCUCCUCUCAGACAUUUUCUUGGGGUGGGGACCCUAAUCUACCAGGAAAACGGUAAUUUGUUAGUGUUCCAAUAUAAUCUAGUGUGUCAUACUAUAAUAUAAUUACAGAGUGCCUCCUCCAUCCAAUAAUUUAGUGAAUAUUAACUAUCCCAAUACGCCUUUCCAAAAUAACUUUUUCUGGUUUUCAGUAACUUUUCUCCUUAAUGGAUAGUACCCCUCAAUACAGUUUUGGGUGGAGUAGGACAAGUUAAACAGGUAAUAUCUGUUUGGCAGGAAUCCACCAUAUUGAGCUAGUCCAGUGAUGUCUGUGUACUAGAUUACGGGAAUGCUCUAUCUACUGCAGACUGCUGUAGAACUAGAGGAACCAGCUGAAUCAGGUGGCUCAGUAGACUAGAUCACAGGUGAUAACUAUUAAAACUUUGUUUAACUUCUGGAAUUAGGCUUUACCAAAAAUGGUCAGUCUGCUCUAAAGAUCAUUCUGCCAUUUGUUUUUAUUGCUAUAUUUUAUCUUCUACUCUAAUAAAUUUCCGUUUACUUAAUGUUUUUAAAGGGAAACUGUCAUUAAAGUGUUUGUCAUGUACCUUGAAAUGUAUAGUUGUUUCAUGUAGUACAAUAUUGCAUUAAAUUAAACGGUUUUAUUUAUUUUCAAGCUUUACUGAUCAUUACUUGUUAGGGGCCUGCGUUCUGGUAGUAGUAGAUUUCUGUCUAAGGUUUUACAAUUAUUAAAGGAAAAAAUUAAGUUUCAAUUGAGGAUUUUGUUUUAAAAAAAAAACCCUCCAAAAUAAUAAUUUAAAGGAAGUUAUAUUUUGAAAGCGAAGAAGAUUUUUUUUUUUUUGUGUACACUUCUGAAUGUUUAUAUAGCAAUAAGUGCACCAUGGUAUUUUAAAUACAUCCAUGAAUUAGAAAUAUUGCUGCAGUGUAUUCAAACUAAAGUGAUACCUCAUAUUUGCUGAUUUUCCAAGAGCUGGGUUUGUAAAACUGCAGUGCACACAUGUAAGUUUUUUUGUUUUGCAUGAAAUAGAAAAGUCACAAACUUGAUUUCACAAAUGUAGAUACAGUAUUUGCUUAAAGGGACCCUAUCCAGAAAUCACAUUGGUUACUUUGCUUUUAAACUCCUUAGUAGUGUAUGUAAUGUUAAAGUUAAUAUUUGAUUUAUAGUAGCACUAGACAUAUAAUUAAGUUUCCGUGAAUUGUAAUUAUAUUAUAUGAUUUGAAAAACGAUUUUAUGGUAUGAUAUUUAGGUCCUUCACUUAUGUUUGGUCAAAUAGAAUGAAUUCGUUUUUUUUUUUGUUUGUUUUUUUUAUUCAAAUGAAAUGAUCCAGUCAGAUUGCAUUAUGCAUGAGCAUGUGUGGUGGAGGUUUUUUUUUUCAGAAUAUAAACUUACUGUGUUUGAAGGAGAAACACUAGUAUUAACAGCUGCAUACAAAAAUGUUGACUUACAUAAAAUGCUUUAUCAACACUAAAUUGUUAGCAUUGCUUCGUAAUAAACUUUUUGCCAGUUUUACUAAUUAUGUCAUUCCUUCAGACACGCAGGCUGAUCCUGAUGCUUUACUUGAGUCCUAAGCAACAGCAUCCUUAAACAGUUUAUGGACACCCAUUGACUGAGUUCAGGCAGUGUCCAGUUGGAUGGACCACUGUGUACACAAGGUCGAUAGUCAUUCUCUGUCUCAUUUUCCAAAAUUAUUAUUCCAAAUGAUUUUUUCCCAUUUCCUAUAUCUAAUCUAUCUGGGUUUUUUUGGCCAUUCUGUUUAUAUUGUUUUUUGGCCAUAUUGUUUUUUGGCCAUACAAGGUGCAAAAUCUGCCCAUUCAGCUCUACCUCCAUAUCACAUCAAAUUUGGCUAAAUUAAGCCUCGGGAAGUUUAACACGGAGGUCAAAUUUGGUUACCCAAACUAUUAUUUUAUUUGUUUCAAGCAUGAUUAAGCUCAACCCUUAAUAAAUUUAGGUUUUUAUCUACUAUAUAAAUGUAUUUAUAUCAAUACACAUUCAUUUUUAGGAACUGUGCCAAUUCAUGGUUUUCCUUAAUUCUCUUGCUAAAGUUUAAUAAGUUUAUGAUUACUGUAGAUGAGGGCUGGUAUGAAACUGACCGUUAACCAAAAGUGUACAAACAAUAACCGUAUAAAUUUAAGCUAAAAUUGACAUUUCACUGUUAAAGGUAUACAAUCUUAAAAUAACAAAUACAAUUUUCAUGGUUUCAGACAUUUCUUGACUCACCUCAGUAAAACUUUGUAUUCCCUGUUAUACUAUAUGUAAUUGUAUUGAUUUAAGAGUUUGAGCUUCACAUGGUGGUUUUUACACAUGCUUUGGUUUGUAGUGAAGGUUGUCUGAAAUGUGCUGAAAAUGAAUUUAUUUUAAAUUUGUGUACUCUAUAAACACUAAACUGACUUAUUACUGUAAUCCCUAGUGUGGCAGUAAACUAAACUAUGCUAACAUUCAGCUUAACAUUCACAUGAAGACACACAAGACUUUAAUCACUUCAAGCGCUGAUAGUUAAAAAAAUAAAAAGCCGCAAGUCUUGGAAAAUAACUAAAAUAUAUUAAAUAUUUCCACGUAAAUUUGUUCAUAAGUAAAAAAACAAAAAAAAAACCAGACUUGUUUGUUUUUCUGUAAAAUAUUUUUGUGUAUACAUGCAUCAUAUUCUGAACACAUUAGCAACAAGCUGCUUCUUACACAAAUAACUCAUGUAGAUUUGAUAGUCUUAAUUGUUUUUAGAGAAGGUAUUUAAACUAUCUGUACAUGUACUAUUGUAUCUACAGUAUAGUGCUUCAACUUGUAGCUUGCAAAUUGCUUUGAAACGUAACUUUUAAUAAUUGCCAUACAUUGAUUCAUAUAAUGCAAAGUACAGUAGCUUAGCAGUGUGCCUCGAUUGUGUUACUAUAGUCAGCCAUGCUCAUUUUAUAGCAUGGCACAUACUCAGUAUCUGUGUGUUUUGUUUGCAAAUCCUGUAUCCUAUAUAUAAGGCAUGGUUUACUGUUAGGUGUUUGUAUGGGUUUUUAUUUUUAUUUUAUUUUUUAUAGGCAAUAUAAUAAAUGUCCUCUGUUACAGAGAAAAUAAGGCAGUGUAAUUAUAAAAUAUAUAAAUAAAUAUUUUUUCAAGUUGACAUGAACAUUACUCAACCCCUUUAACCCAUUAUAAUAUGUCCGUUGGAUUUAACAUUUGAAAAUAGGAAAUGCAUUCUUUUAAAAGUUUUUAAUUUGGUGCAACUUGACCUUAACAAUAUUAUGUGGUCUUUAAAAAAGACAUUUGGUAAUUGUAUUAUGGCAUUUUAGAUUUCUUGAACAUUACUAGAAAAAUUAUUCCAACCGUUAAUGCAACACAUUUAACAUCUUUACUAAAUCCUUUUCUCUUGUAUUAUUCAUAUUUAACUUUUUUUUUAAUAACUCUUUAUGGAGGGAAUUCUUUAUUAAUAGUGGAUGAAACUAAAUUUGGCUGUUGUCUGCCAUUAAUAUUUGUAAAUGAAAUGUAUAGUCUAUCUAAAACAUAUUAAAAAUAAUAAAACAAAUAUCACACAUAUUGGUCUAAGCUGGGGGCAAAAUUGUGAUUAGUUUACCUAAUUUUAAGGACAAUAGAUCUCUACUUUUUGUUCCCCACUACCAUUUAUAGACCUCAUUGUGCUUAAAUGAUCAAUCUUCAGCAUGGGACACCUCUGUCUACAUUACAAUUAGGGUUUAAAAUGAUGGGUCCCUUUCUGUCAUUUAAAGUUGUCAUCACAAAAAUUUGUACAACUUAGUGCCUAAUUCAUACCAAAUUUGCAGAAGUUUGCAAUCGGAUAGUUGCCGCCCAGACCGAGUAAAACGCUGGCCAGCUGCAAAUCCGUUCGCAACUCACCAUCGAAUGUUUUUUCCAGUCUGUGCAUAGCCUAGGACUUAAUCCUACAGUUCGAAAGUAACAGGUUGAUCGGGCUAGAGCUGACGUCACACACCCGCCCUGAAAACGCUUGGGAAUGCCUGCGUUUUUCUUGAAAUGACCAGAAAAUGGCGUUACCACCCCUAAACGUCCGCGUCCUGUCAACAUGUGUUUGCCUAGCGAUCAAAAAAGACACAGGAUGUUUUUGUAGUUUGGACUCGUGCCUGCGUAUUACUAUCCAAACGCAUGCACAGUCGUUCGAUAAACAGCCGCUGUACGAUUUUGCACAACAGCGAUCAGGUCUGAAUUAGGCCCUUAAUAUCUUCAGUAUGGAAAAGAGUUUAGAGAAGUAUCUGUUUGGUUUCCAUUCUGAGAGAGAAUGGAAAUAUUACACUUAGAUUUUUAUUCUAAUUACAGCUUUUUGAUGCAUUUCACAGAAGUAAAUUACUAUUGGUUUGAGGGAAAUAAUAUUUGCAGUGAAAGCUUUAUGUAAAUGGCUUGAGUCCCUUAUAAAUUCUGUAUUGUGUAUUGGAAAAGUAUUUGUAUUACAAUAGUGUUCAAAUUUUAAAUGUGUUAAUUAAAGGAGCAACUUUGUGAUUCUGUUGGCAAAAGUAGCAAAUUUAGUCUAGAUACACUUUUAUUAAUUUUAGUUAACCAGUCAAAGAUUGUGCAUAGUUGCAAGGCCAUUUUUGUAUCAGGACAUGCCUAUUUUCUGCAUUUUUAUUAUUAUUAUUAUUAUUAUUUUUUUGUAUUCUGUAGACAUUUCUUGAUACAAUUUUUUUUCAAUUCUUUAUACUUUUUUUUUUAUGUAUCUCAAAACAUUGGAAGUGUACAUAUUUAGACUUCCCCAUACACUUGAUGUAUAAUAUAAAAAAUAAAAAUUACAAAACUGCAGCUUAAAGCAGGACAGAAAAUUACAAAACUGCAGCUUAAAGCAGGACAGAAAAUUACAAAACUGCAGCUUAAAGCAGGACAGAAAAUUACAAAACUGCAGCUUAAAGCAGGACAGAAAAUAAGCAAGAAAAACAAACUGCAAGCAAGUCUAUGUGAUAAGCAUAGCAUAUCUUUUUAUCUUAUUUCUAAUCCAUUUUUCUAAUAAAAUCGUAAAAAAUGUCCAUGUGCAUGUCUUAGCUUAAAUACUUGCCAAAAACAGGAUCUUCGUAUUCAAAUUCUCAGAUAUGAAAGCAGUCAGGCCCACUUAAAACUUUCUACAGAAGAAUAUAGAUCUACCAAUUUUUUCUUCGCCUUUCAGUAAAAAGGGUAGUAUAUGGCGCUGUGCCCCUUCUUCCUCAACGCUGUUGCUGUGUAUAGUACCGUUAGGGUUCACUUCGGAGAAAAAUCCGUACACUCCCCCUUUAAUACAGGGCGCCUGCCGAAUCUCUAGGUGUCCAGCUGUUCAGAACUGGCUUUAAUAGAUAUAUAGAAUAAGAAUGAGAUAUAGCGCCCUCUGGUGUUGUAUGUUAGUGUUUUAACAUUCAUUAGUCUCAAAGAAUAAAACUCCUAUAAUUAGAGGAGUGACUUAAUAAGUGGUAAAAGUACCACUCUUCAGUAUAGCAGUGGGACAAUGGUGCUCCCACGAGUCAGAAUAUUACAGUGGUAACGGAGGACAGAUAAGAAGACACUUUUUUUUAGGGGGCACUUGAUUUAUAAUUUAUUAAAAAUAUUACAUUUUAUUGAUAUGCAUCAACAAAAGGGGGUUUAGGUGUCCCGUCUUGAGUUCACAGACUAUGCAAACAUUUACCAAUCAUUAGACAGAAAAUGGAAUCCCAAUCAGUUAUUUCAAGUUGCCAAAGGGCUGUGUUUUAGAAAUAAUAAUCGGUCCAAAGAUUGGUGAACAUACAGCAGUACAGAUAAGUGUGCUAUAUUUAGUAAGGCACAUACAGUAAGUAGCACAUUGGCUGUAUCUUCAUAGACAAAAUAUAUACAAAUGUCAGCCAAUAUAAAUAGUGAUUUCCAAUUUUUGGGUAAUAAAUUUGAUCUUUUUUUUUUCACGUAUUGCAUAUGGCUAUAUUUUUUAACAU